CACACUCAAAAGAAGUGCCUCGAAAAGGAAACGAGCAACAGGAGACAGUGAAGGGGAAGGAGGGGGAGCGACCAAUCGGACUAUCGGAGCAUCCAAUCCACCACCGGCCGCUCGCUGUUCAUCCGUUACACUAGCAGUAUAAAACAAAACCCUGUGCCUCUCCUUUGCCGGCGCGCAGUCCAGCGGCCUUUCCUUCCUUCCUUCCUGUCCGGUCGCGUUCCAUUGCUCACCCUCCUCCUCCAUUCUCCACUGGUAUCGUCGUUUCGUUCCAGAGAGCCGUGAAAGGCGUAAGGCGAAACGAAGCGCGAGGGGCAGGAUGCCGUAGGUGGCGACCGUUUGUGCCGCUCCGAUCGUCGGGAGGUCGGCGCCUGAGGAGGCCGUGCUUUGAGUUCGACUGGAGGAGAGCCUUGGCGCCGGUCGUUACGGCAAGUGGCGCCGUCGCCUUCUACGCAACUUUGCCAGGUCAGCGCAGCCUCACGUCGUCGUCGACGAUUCAGGCCCGAAUACUUCCGCCAGCUGCUGAAGCCCGUUGCCGCACGCCUUCCGAGCAACCUCAAACCCGAACCAAACUAACCGAAACGCAAUUUUUGGAUUCAGUUCCUAGCAAUCCAAACACAAACACAGCCAGGGAUCAAGCAACACGACUCGAGUGGUCCAAUGCAGGGAGACCCCGGUUACGGGUACGGUGGCUACGGCGCCGGCGCCGGCGGCUACGGCUACGACUACGACGUCGCCGCCAACUGCGCCGGAGGCGGCUACUACUCGGCGGCGAACGACCGGUACCCUGCCGCGCCUCCGCCUGCUGCAGCCUAUGAGGAUCCGCUCGGUGGUCGGAGGCAGCACGACUUCCCGGCGCCGCUCACGGGGCUGGAGUUCCAGCCGUCGGACACCUGUCCCAAGAACUACGUCAUCUUCGACCAGACGUACGACCGGAGCCGGGUGAUGUUCCACCCCUCCCUGGCCAACAACUUCGGUUCCUCUGCCGGCGGAUACGACUACGGCAACCACUGCUACGGCUACGACCAGACCUACCCCGGCGAGAGCGCCUACCACGGCUGCGGCGACGACGCCGGCGCCGGCGCCGGCGGCGUCUCGGUCCGGCAGAAGGAGGACACCGACGAGAUCGACGCGCUCAUGAGCACGGAGGAAGGCGACGAAGAGGACGACGUGCUCAGCACCGGCCGCACACCCGGAUGCCGCGCCGGCGGCUCCCCGGAUUCCACGUGCUCAUCCGGCGGGUACGCUGGGAACAGCAGCGGCGGCCGGAAGCACGAGACGGGCGGCGGUGAGAAGAAGAAGGAGCGGAUGAAGAAGAUGGUGCGGACGCUCAAGGGGAUCAUCCCCGGUGGCGACCGGAUGGACACGCCGGCCGUGCUCGACGAGGCCGUGAGGUACCUCAAGUCGCUCAAGGUGGAGGUCAAGAAGGCCGGCGCGCGUGGGUCAAGCAGCUAGCUUUCCAGCUGCAACUGGUAGUCUGGCUUUGGGCUUUGGCAGUCGAAAUAGGAGUUAUCUCCCCGCGCACCGGCAGAUAAGAUGAGACCGACCGCCUCUCAUUUUGAUUUUGGCAUCAGAUGCCAUUCUGUGUAUCUGACUACUACCUAGCUUGGCCGCUGGGCCUCCCAACUCAACGGCGUCUGCGAGAAGAUGGUCAAGGAGGCCAACGGUGGGCAGGCUUGGACGCGGUCAUCCAUGAGUGGUUCCGACAGUGGUGGUAAUGGAUUGGAAUCUUAAACC